AAAACCUUUGGACUUUACGAAUUGGACAACAAUUGCCAGACGCAAGGACGGCUCUGUCAAUUUUUACAGGAACUGGCGAUCCUAUAAAAUGGGUUUUGGUAAUCCACCUCACGGCGAAUACUUUAUUGGCCUAGAAAGAUUGCAUGAAUUGACGACAGCCGUUCCAAACAUCGAACUUAAAGUGAUUUUAAGAGAUUGGCAGGGUGAGGACCGUUAUGCCCUCUAUGAUGGCUUCCAAAUUGGAAAUGAAGCCGAGAAAUAUCGACUCAAGGUACUAGGCAAAUACAGUGGCACUGCUGGUGAUUCCUUGGCAUAUCACAAAGGUAUGAAGUUUACUACCUUCGAUGAGGAUAAUGAUAACAAUGAUGUAAUAGUAUUACAAAUAAUAGUGGGAAAUAAGGCAGACGACAAUGUCGUUGCCUCCACCGUCAGUACCAUAGUUGAGGAAGACACCACUACCAUAUCCGGCGACAUGAUUACCCUCCUCAAGAACGACACCACUACGGUCUCCAACGACGACACAGCCAUCCCCGAAAACACCACUAUCAUCUCCGACGAAGACACCACUACCACUGAAGAAUAUUAUAAUCCCUAUGAAGACGAACAACAACUGUUUCUGUGGAGUGAUUUAUUUCUGAAAGUGAAUGAAGUAUUGGUGGUGUCGAAGAACAUGAACAGUGAAACGAAGGAAAUGCACACCGAAAUGAAGGAAAUGCACAACGAAACGAAGGAAAUGCGCAGCGAAAUGACUAGAAUGUAUAGCGAAAUAAAUAAACUAAACACCAAUCUGCUGGACGUGACUCAGAAAAUUGAUGAUUUGACCAAAAGGCAAGGGGAACUAGAAGGGAACAUGGCAAAAAUAGUGGAGCAACAAAUGUCAUCGAUGAAUGUCACCUUGAUGGAGAGGCAAGAGGAAUUGCAAGGGAACAUGACAAAAAUAGCGCAGCAAAUAUCAUCGAUGAAUGUCAACUUGAUGGAGAGACUACGUCAACAAGAAUUCGAUAUGAGGCAAAUACUACAGGACGUUUCGAAAAUAAGUCCCACCGAGAACGAGGAAGUCAACUGGAGAGAAAACCUUUGGACUUUACGAUAUUGGACAACAAUUGCCAGUCGCAAGGACGGCUCAGUCGAUUUUAACAGGAACUGGCGAGCUUAUAAGGUGGGUUUCGGUAAACCACCUCACGACGAUUUCUUUAUUGGCCUAGACAGAUUGCAUGAAUUGACAACAACCGUUCCUAACAUCCAACUUAAAGUAAUUUUAAGAGAUUGGGAUGAUGAGGAACGUUAUGCCCUCUAUGAUGGCUUCCAAAUCGGAAAUGAAGCCGAGAAAUAUCGACUCAAGGUACUAGGCAAAUACAGUGGCACUGCUGGUGAUUCCUUGUCAUCUCACAAAGGUAUGAAGUUUACUACCUUCGAUGAGGAUAAUGAUAACAGUGGUGGUAAUUGUGCCAAGCAAAUGGAAGGCGUCAUCUAUUUGGAAAAUAUAGAUAUGAAGCUAAAACACAAGGCAUAG